GCUCCCCGCAUUCUUUCAAGAAUUUCCAUCUUGCAUUUUAUUUUAUCUUUGUUGUGGACCGGCAUUUUCCCACAACACCCUGCUCCUGCUCUCACAGAUGACGAAAAUGGCGGACAACGCAUCAUCGGUCGAGAUUGUUGAGGGCUGUCGCCUCCCCGUUCUUCGUAAAAACCAAGAACACGAGGACGAAUGGCCAUUGGCUGAAAUUUUAAGUGUGAAGGAAGUCUCUUCGAGAAAGCUUUUCUAUGUUCACUAUAUUGACUUCAACAAGCGGCUGGAUGAGUGGGUCACAGGGGACAGGCUGGACAUGAAGAAGCUUCAGUUUCCUAAGAAAGAAGCUAAAACGCCAACCAAGAAUGGUCUUUCAGGCUCCCGUCCCAGUUCUCCAGAGAGAGAAGUGAGGAAGAGUCUAGAUCUCAACGUACAGUCUGCCACAGCUCCUUCCAGAGGCAAAACCCUCCCCACACCGCUAUCGGGUCAUGCUGAACUGCAUGGGAAUCCAGAAAUAAACAACCAUGAAAUAAAAAAGGAAGAUGCUGAUCCGGUCGUGCAGAUCACAUCUGGAAGUGCUUUAACACACAGUGUAACCAAAUGUUUGUCAGGUGUAUGCACUGGACUUGUCAAGCCACAUUUCAACUUCAAAUCUUUCAAGAAGAGGAAAGUAGAGGCCGUCCCCUUGGCGACUCAGGUACCCCCGGCCACCCCUGUGCCCUCCCUGCCAAGUUCAGCUGAAGCCUCUCAGGCAUCUGUUUUUCCUGCUGUGAGAGAGACCAACACCUUUAAAUCCCGCGAAGAACAUGAACCGAUCUCCUCGCUCACAACGAACGGCACUGCCCGACGACUCAUCCCCCAGCAGCCGGGCAGGAAGAGAAAAGCGAAUUGUGGCGGAACGGACGAGAUGAUAAAGGUUUUGCAGUAUAACAACCCUCAAACUGCCAGUGUCUUUCUACCACCACCAGAGGAUUCCCAAGACAGUUCGGACGGCAUCCCGUCUGCACCCCGCAUGACAGGCAGUCUGGUGUCUGACCGCAGUCAUGACGACAUCGUCACCCGCAUGAAAAACAUUGAGUGUAUAGAGUUAGGACGUCACAGACUGAAGCCCUGGUACUUCUCACCAUACCCACAGGAACUCACCACAUUGCCCAUCCUCUACCUCUGUGAAUUCUGUCUCAAGUACCUCAAAAGCCUGAAGUGUCUGCAGAGGCAUUUGACAAAAUGUAAUCUAAGACAUCCUCCAGGCAACGAGAUCUACCGCAAAGGCACCAUCUCGUUUUUUGAGAUUGACGGCAGGAAAAAUAAAAAUUAUUCCCAGAACCUGUGUUUACUUGCUAAGUGUUUCCUGGACCACAAAACCUUGUAUUACGACACAGACCCUUUCCUCUUCUAUGUAAUGACGGAGUAUGACUCCAAAGGCUUCCACAUAGUGGGCUACUUCUCUAAGGAAAAAGAGUCGACUGAAGAUUAUAACGUUGCCUGCAUCCUGACCUUGCCUCCCUACCAGCGGAGAGGCUAUGGCAAACUGCUCAUUGAGUUCAGUUACGAGCUGUCCAAGGUAGAAGGGAAGACGGGCACUCCUGAGAAGCCACUUUCUGACCUCGGCCUUUUGUCCUAUCGCUCCUACUGGUCCCAGACCAUCUUGGAAAUUCUCAUGGACCUUAAACCUGACAAUGGAGAAAGGCCGCAGAUUACCAUCAAUGAGAUCAGUGAGAUCACAAGUGUAAAGAAAGAAGAUGUCAUUUCAACGCUUCAGUACCUCAACCUCAUCAACUAUUACAAGGGACAGUACAUCCUGACUCUUUCAGAGGACAUUGUGGAUGGGCAUGAAAGAGCAAUGCAGAAAAGACACCUGCGCAUAGAUCCAAAAUGCCUUCACUUUACACCUAAGGACUGGAGCAAGAGGGGCAAAUGGUAGAGUCACUGAGUUCCCUCCUCAAACCGCCAGAUAGCAGACUUGAAGCAAACAGUGGAUCAGAUAGAGGUUUUUGUCAAGGUUUCUCACCGAGAACCUCAAAACCUUUUUGAACCCAGGACUUCAGAUAAGAAACAAUGAACAUAAAUUGAGAUGCAUACGAUUUUAUUGUGAAAUAUUCAUUAUAUAUUGUGAAUCUAAAAAGCUCUCAAACUUGGUGACAAAAGAGAGACUUGUUAACAGUGACACCGCCAACAACACACCUACUGUGUAAAAGAUCCUGUUAAUGACCAACAGUGCGUUGAAAGUGAGAUAUGUUUAAUAGUGUAAAUUAAAGCUUAAAUUGGCAAAAAUUCAGACCACCUAAUGGAAACAAGAAGGUUGUUAAACAAAUAUUUGAAUUCUACAGUGAUUUGCCUUAUCUGUUAACGAGUCCACAUCAUGUAGAAACCACAAAGGGCAUUUCUUUUCCUUAAAUUCAACAAGGAAAGGUUGUUUUUCUUUUCCUUUGGCCAAUACAAACAGUGUGUGAGUUGGUCUACAUAUUAGACAAAAUCACAAAAAAGUGGCGUUAAAAUGUUUUCAUCAAAAUUAUUAAUGUACCCCAGAAAAUGUCAAACUCAUUGUGACUUUAUUCAAUGACAUCACUUUAGUUUGUCAUUUCACAUAUAUUUAAGAAACCUUAGUUGUUGACAAAAGUACAACACUUGUAGCACUCUUUUUAUUGUCUGAACAGCACUCCAAACUCUUACUUUCUACUUUUAAUAUAGAUUUUUGUACAGUGUACUGUGCAGGCUUCAAAACAUCUCUCAAACAUCUCCUUCUGGGCAUGUUUGAAUUGUUUUGAAAAAAAAAUACCUGUGGUUACACUCACACUUAUUAACUGACUCAAUGCAAAAUGUAUUGUGAGUGUGUAAACAGUGAGGGUAGGUAUAAGGAAAACUAUUUUCAAUUUCUGUUUUGGGAGAACAAAAUUAAAACGCACAGAUAGUAAUUUUCAGUUUAUUGUGAUUCUCCUCCAGUGCCUGAAUUUUAUUGUCUUUCAACUAACAGGGAGAACAGAUGUUCUUGUGGUAAUAUUGUUCACUUGUAUUAAAAAAAAAAAAAAAAAAGGUAUAUUAAAUACACAGCCAGAACACCUUGUAUGCAGACAGAAAAUUCAAAACUAGACAUCAAGAUCUACAGUUAUGUUGCUUAACAACCAACAUGGUCAAUUCAGGUUUGUUAUCUUACAGUAGUAGUUUUGCUUUUAUUUCCCUAUGUUUUAAAUAGUUGGAAGUAUUUAUGGUCUUUGUUUGUGAUCAUUCAGGUGAAUCUUUUUUCCGAUAAUCCUGUGUCAUGAUGAUCUGUACAGUGUGCAAUGAGACAAAUCACGAUCAUGUUCCCUGUAACUGUACAUACUGAACCUGAUUGUAAAAAAAAAAGAAGAAAAAAGCUUAGAAGACAGAAGCCAUGUUGAACUGUUAGAGGAAUGUAAAUUGUGUGUACAGUUGUAUUAGUGUCUUUUUUUACUUAAUGUAAACUAACUGGCUGCACAAUAUCAACAAGAAAAGACCUAAGUGGUAUCUUACUUUCAGUUUGUGUUGUAUGUUUACAUGUCACAAAGUAUGUUGAAUUUACCCUGUUGAAAUAUUUAGUAUAUCUUUAAGUAAAACAUGGUCGAGAGUAUGAUUUGAACGUUUGAUAUAAAAAGCUUGUUGAAUUGAUAAAAAAAUUCUUAAAAACCA